GUGCACGAAAAGUCAGGCCAAGAGGAAGUGAGACAAAAAAAUACACUGACAAAUUAGGUUCGAACUAAAAGAAGUGCGUCUUCCUUCUACCACAGGGGGGACUCGGCUAUAUAUACGCCAUCUUAGUACUUUCAUUUUCGACGGAUUUUAACCACAGCCAAUAAAGAGAUGCCGUUAGACACAGUCCUGUGCCUGGACACGUCCGGCUCCAUGGCCGGGAAGGGUAUGUUAGAACUCCGCAAAGCGGUGCGACAGUUCCUGGCCGGGGUGCAGCAGACCGCAAUUCAGACGGGGCUGAAGGAAAACGUGGCCGUGGUGGAGUUUGGCGGGGGGGUCAGGAUAGUGCAGCACCUGACGAACGACUACAGACGUGUACAAAGGGCCGUUGAUAAUCUGAAACCCGGUGGAACAACCCCAAUGUUUGAAGGUUUGAUGGAGGCACUGAAGGAACUGUGUCAAAAUGGUGGGGUGUUGGUAUUGCCAGGCGGGAUUAGGAUGACGCCUCGGGUGAUCUUGAUGACCGACGGAAAACCUGACAACCAGGAAAGGGUCAUACUGGCGGCAGCAGCUUUCAGUCGGGAAGGGUACAGGGAGGUUGGACUCCCCUACCCCGUCCCUAUUGCCUGUGUCGGCUGUGGGUCUGGAGUGGACGUGGCCCUUCUGGCUGCCAUUGCUGCUGCCACCAACGGUAUGUUCGCCAUCGGAGAUGUCAGUGAACUGUCUGCGUUUUUCCUCAAGCAGGUCCUGCUGAUUCGAUUUGCAUUGCAGUUUGCCAAUGACAUGAACAAGUUGCGCAACUUGAUUCUUUUGAGGCAAUUUUUGGCCCAAAUGGGAGAAAAUGUCAGCGAGGAAGAAGCGAUCGCCUUGAGGACCCUCCUGCUCGCAAUGAUUGUCGUUGCUGCGGACGACGAUUCUGAUGACCACAGGCCGGCUCUACGUGCUAUAACAGCUCAACCUUCAGCUUCAUCCCAUGUCGUCUACACGGAGUCAACAGCACUCGUUAAUGGUAACAACGACAGAGAAGUCAACCACUGCGUGCAUUGCUGCAUUUCGAUGUUUUGCCCGUGUUGGAUCUGUGUCUGGUGUUACGUGUGCUGCAAGGAAGACUGAAGAAACCAAGGGACAGACAGAUAUAGCCAGUAUUUUUGCCAACCUUUACUGUGCACGAGACUGUCCAUUGUUUACAACAGAACACACAUAAAGAAAGAUUUUCUAUAUGUGCAAAUAUG